AUGGGGCUUCCUCUUCACUACUUUUCUUCCUCGGCUAUAGGCCAUGAAUCCACCCAAGGAAGCAGUGGGUCCCUUUCAAGCAACUAUGAUGCAGCAGGCUCCGAACCGGUCUAUGAUGCUUCUGCCCAGCAACACCAUCAGCAGCAAGAGGACCUGAACCUCCGUCAAGUUGGUUCAUGGGUUACAGCUACCCACGACAUGGCUUUUGCCGGCAUGGAGCAAAACACCAGCGAGAGUUAUGACACUCUCAACGAUACUACACCUUUCUACAAUAACGCUGGACAGCCAUCGUCGCACCCGGGUCACCGACACUAUCAUCACACACAGCAGCAUGGAUAUCACAGUGUACCUACAGCUGGUUCUUGGGAUGGUCGUUCAGGCCCCGUGUCCUACCCUGCCCAGACUAUGGCCACGAAUGGGUCCUUUGCAGCCUUCGACCCUUCCCAAGACAUGGCAGAUGUUCACGACCGCGCUAUGCAAAACGAUCUUGUCCACCAACGCCUAGAGUCCUACCUAGCUGAGCCUUGGGAAGAAGGAAAUCGCUCCGUGGCCCUUCCUUACGAGAGCCGGUCCAGCCGGAGCUCACAGAGAGCCCAUGACGGGGCGCACAAUCUACUAGAAGGACACAAUGGCGCGGCCAUGCUCACUAAGAGUCAGGUUUCAGGACCAUAA